UGGACUCCGGGCAGAGGCACGUCGGGCUGGACUCCGGGCAGAGGCACGUCGGGCUGGACUCCGGGCAGAGGCACGUCGGGCUGGGACUCCGGGCAGAGGCACAGGCACGUCGGGCGCUGGACUCCGGGCAGAGGCACGUCGGGCAGGACUCCGGGCAGAGGCACAUCGGAUUACCAGGCGAAGCAGCAGGCAGCGGGGGCCACCAGGCGGAGCGGCAGGCACCGGGCCACCAGGCGGAGCGGCAGGCACCGGGCCCCCCGGGCGGAGCGGCAGGCAGCGGGCCCCCGGGCGGAGCGGCAGGCAGCGGCCCCCGGGCGGAGCGGGCAGGCAGCGGGCCGCCCCCCGGGCGGGGCGACAGGGCGUCGGGCCCCAGGCGGGGCGACAGGCGUCGGGCCCCCAGGAGGGGCGACAGGCGUCGGGCCCCCAGGAGGGGCGACAGGCGUCGGGCCCCCA